AAUCCCAUAGUAUUAAUGCACAGCGGCAAUCUGGCACUACACAAAGUAACCUUAUCACUUGGGCGUGUCAGUUCUGGAUUAUAUCCUGUGGAACCAAGUCCGUUCUCUCUUUGCUGUGGAUGCAGGCUGAAAGAUGAAAAAAUGAUCGUGUUUCGUGGACGUGUUCUGUGGAUUUCCAUCUCUCUUCUGGCAUUCGUGGUGUCUGCAAGAUGUUCUUAUCUGUAUGAUGAUUGCACUGUACAGGAUGCGCGUAGUGGACUUGAGAUCAAAACCUUCGGGGACUCUCUCCGUGUGACCAUCGCCAACUCCGAUGAAGACAACGGUGUCACCAUAGGAAUCAAAGGCAAAGAGAAACCACAGACUCUUGACAUAAAGAAGAAAUGGAGGGAAGUUGAGUGCCGAGUUUCAGGCGACGAAGAGAUCGAAUGCGGCGAAGAGAAGCCCAACACCACGGAGAGCAACUCUGGUGGCCUGGCGCGAGAAUUUGAGAUCAGGAAUGCCGAGGUUCUUGCUAAUUGUCCUCAGGGAUUGCCCAACAAAGAGCUCCCCCCAUCCACCACAGUCAAGUUCCCUCGCUGGAACUCCACCAAGGAACACUUCGCCGUCAUCCCGGAGGUGAACCUGACUGUUGCUUUGUCCAUAUUUGGAGAAGAUCUUGUCCUUUGUUGGGACGGAAACCAGACGGCCGUCAAGGCGAGCGAAGGAGACUGUCAAGGCUUGCCAGCCCGCGAGGUGCACAAGGUCACACUCGAUUACGAGACACAGGAGAUCAAGAGUGCUGAUGGCCGAGUUCUGAGAAGACUGAAUAGCACCAACGCAAAUAAAGAUGACCUGAUGAAGAUGAAGGCUGACGGAGGCAAGGCCUGGGCUGUGCAGAGUCUGGGAGACUGGCCUCACCCUCACGACCAAGACCAAAGCACGGACAACCAAGUGGAGUGUACAUGCAACAAUGGUGGAACGAGCGGAGUAAUCCUGAUUGUUUUGCUUGUUCUCUUCAUUAUCACAACUAUUGUUUUGGCCGUUUGCAUUCUACGUCUCAGGAUAAACUCAAGAAGUCCAUCUGCUUCUUCUCGAGAGCUUACACUUAAUACAGCGAGGGAGACCAUGGUCAGCGAGCAUCCUCACAGACGGGACUCUGGAGUGGAAACUAUCAAUGAUAUCUAUGGAUUCGAUGAUUAGUGAAAAUGGGAUCCGUCUGACCAUACGUAUACAAACAGAUAUACAUGUAUGGAUACAGGCAAAGAUUUAUGCAUACGAACAAGUAUGAAUAAAUGCAUAC